AUGUCGACAGAGGCGCAAGAAUCAACCCAGGGCUUCGGACGCGGAAUACUAGAGACCUUUAUCCGUGAAGGCGCGGUAGUACUUGGAAUGGACCUCCAGGCCACCGAUGGCCCAGUUGAUGCGUUCCCUGAGAGCGUAGCCUAUCAGAUCAAGGCAAAUGUUGCCGAAGAAGAUAGUAGGAACAAAGCGCUGGAGACGUCUAUUUCCAAAUUCGGAAAAGCCCCCUCCAUUGUCGUCCACAACGCCGGCUGGUCAUACCCCAACAAGUCCGGCCUGGAUGUAACUGUGGAAGAGUUCGAUCGCCUUUUCAACGUCAACGUGAGAAGUAUCUACCUUGCAUCCAAGGUUCUCAUCCCCGAAAUGAAGAAGAACGGACCGGGCUCUACCGUUGUGAUCUCCAGCGAGAAUGCCGUCCGACCAGGCGCCACUCAGACAUGGUAUAACGCAACAAAAGCAGGUGUCUCCUCGGCGACCAAGUCCAUGGCACUGGAAUUUGCGAGGGACCAAUUGCGAUUCAAUACUAUCUGUCCGACUUCGGGAAACACACCCCUGCUGAACAGAUUUGCUGGCAUCGCAGAUGGCCCCGUUCCUGCUGAAAUUAUUAAGGCAAAGUGCGAGUCUAUUCCCAUUGGCCGCUUGGUUGAGCCGUCUGAUGUUGCCAAUGUUGCCCUUUUCCUGGCGGAGCCUGCAAGUUCAAUUAUUAGCGGAGUGGAAAUUCUGGUUGAUGGCGUACGCUGUGUCUAA